UUCCACCAAGUCAGUAUGUCAGGGGAAGAAACCAAGACAGAGGUCUUCACGAUAACGGAGUCAGGAGAGCAGGUAGCGGAGGGAGACACGAGCAGCGCAAACAAGAAGAGAUGGAUAUUUGAGCAGUAUGUGCAGCCCUGCCUGGCCGAGCUGUUUGGGACCACCCUGUUUGUAUUUGUGGGGUGUGCAUCUGUAAUAGGGAAUGUAGGAAUAGUGAGUGUCCUUCAGCCUUCUGUGGCACAUGGACUGGCCCUGGGAGUGCUCAUCAUGGUUUUUGGACAAAUUAGUGGGGGCCACUUUAAUCCUGUGGUGUCUCUGAGCAUCUACCUGUGUGGAGGGAUGGAGCUGCGACUGCUGGUGCCUUAUAUCCUUGCUCAGAUGGCUGGAGGGAUGUCUGGUGCUGGUUUGGCCAAGGCAGUGUUCCCCAUUACCGUUUAUAAUAGUGCCCUUGGAGGAGCCUUUCUGCCCAACACCACAGAUCUGGGAAAAACCACGCUUGUGGAGGCCAUAAUGACCCUGUUCCUCACCACGGUGGUGUGCAUGGGAGCCGUCAACACCAAAACCCGCUCACCGUGGGCUCCUUUCUGCAUCGGCCUCACUGUGACAGCCAACAUAUUUGCUGGAGGGUUGUUGUCUGGAGCCUGUAUGAACCCUGCCCGAGCCUUCGGUCCUGCAGUGGCUGCCAACCAGUGGAAUCACCACUGGAUCUACUGGGUUGGGCCCACCUGUGGUGCACUGCUCACUGUCAGCUUCAUCAGGUUGGUGUUUGGUGACCACAAGACUCGACUUGUGCUGAAGUGAGUGUCUAAGUGAGACGCAGAGAGGACAUCGAUCGAUGGCGGUUUUUCCAUUUGGACAUUUAAACAUUCCACCAUCA